UCCAAACAAACAAACCCAAACCCAAACCCAAACCCAAACCCAAACAAACCCUCCUCGCUCUCUCUCCUUCUCCUCACCCCUUUCUUCUCUCUCUUACUCUGCAACUCUUGUACAAACGAAGACUGUUAUUUCAAACCCUAGCUCUCUCUUCUGCAACUUCAACUCCGCUCUUUCUCAUACUCUCCUUCCAUUCCUUUCUCACUAUCGAUCCUCCCCCCCCUCUCUCUACUUGUUCAUUUAUUCGAUGGCUGACGGAAAGUUCGAUCUACCGGACGUUAUCCUUCCCUCUAAUUCCAAACCCUCGGAUCAGUCCUGGACUUCCAAAGUUGAAACUUCUGGAGAAAAUGGUGAGGAAAAGGUGCUUGGUGGGUUACUUGAUGAGUCAAAAGAUUUACUGGUUUCAGAUAGUAGCAUACCUUUGUCUCCCCAGUGGCUUUAUGCCAAACCAACUGAAUCAAAGAUGGAAUUACGUCCUUCAAGUUCACUAGGAAACUCCACAGAAAGCAACCAGAAGGAUGGUUGGCGUUUGGAAGGGUUGGAGGACAAAAAGGACCGAAGGCGGGUUAACACUGAUGGUGAAAGUAGUCGCCGCUGGCGUGAAGAGGAAAGAGAAACUAGCUUACUUGGUGGUAGAAGAGAUCGCAGGAAAGUGGAGCGUCGAGACAACACUUCAAUGAGAGAAACGGCUGACAAUAGGGUAUUGCCUAAUUCUGAGCGAUGGAAUGAUGGUCGUAACUCUACACAUGAAACCAGACGCGACAGCAAAUGGUCAUCUAGGUGGGGUCCUGAAGACAAAGAUAAGGAACCUCGAAAUGAGAAGAGAACGGAUGUGGAGAAGGAAGAUACUCACAGUGAAAGCCAGACUACUGUAGGUAGCAACCGUUCCACUGCUGAGCGUGACUCAGAUUCUCGUGAUAAAUGGAGGCCACGCCAUAGAAUGGAAGUUCACCCCAGUGGUUCAGCUACAUACCGCGCUGCACCUGGAUUUGGACUUGAAAGAGGAAAGGUAGAGGGUUCAAAUUUAGGAUUUGCCCGGGGUCGAGGAAGGCCAAAUGUUAAUGGCAGAUCAUCUUGUAUAGGCCCCACUAAUGCUACUUGUUCUGACAGAACUGAAAGUGUUCCUGGAAAGCCAAGGUACUCAGCUGGUAGGUUUUGCUAUCCAAGGGGAAAACUUCUUGACCUUUAUCGUCAGAAUCAGCAUGAUCCAUCUUUCGUUACAAUGCCAAAUGAGAUGGAGGACUCACCUCCUAUAACGGAAGUAGGCUUAGUUGAACCAUUGGCUUUUGUUGCCCCUGAUGCUGCAGAGGAGGCCACCCUUAGCAAUAUAUGGAAGGGAAAGAUGACGAGUAGUGGUGUGGUGUAUAAUUCAUAUAAAAAUGGUAGAUCAACUGAAAAUAUGACAGGUGUUGGAGACCUUGAAUCAGUAGAUGGAGCUGUGGACAUUUUGCCCUCAACCCUUGUUGAGGAGACUAAUGAUGCCAUUCAAGAGGUUGCAAAUGGUGAUAGUACUUUGACAGACGGUGGGUGGAAUUUUGUAUUACUCUGGAUAUACAUUUUCCUUACAACCCCCUCAUUUCUCUCUCUAAUUAUCUUUGGUUGGUAUUUUAUUUCAGAACGUAUUGGUAUCGGAAGUGAUGUCGAUAUUGGUGGUGCAUACCAUAACAUGUUUCAGCAUAAUGUCAAUACAAAUAGUCAGAAGUUAGAUUCUUCUUUCACCAGUCAUUCUUGUGUUGACAACAUUGGUUCUGUUGAUUCUGACGUUAGUUCCAUGCUGCCUAACAAUCAAGGUUCUCACUGUAUUUUGCCUUUUACCGAGGACAAUAAGAAUGGGGACACCACCAUUGUGGCAAAUGGGUUGGACAAGGACGUCUCACCUGAAGAUUUAUGCCUGUGUUACCUCGAUCCACAAGGAAUGACCCAGGGACCAUAUCUGGGGGUUGAUAUCAUCUCAUGGUUUGAGCAAGGUUUUUUUGGAACAGACUUGCCAGUCCGCCUGGCAGAUGCUCCUGAAGGAACGCCUUUUCAAGAUUUGGGUGAGGUCAUGCCACAUUUGAAAGCAUGGGAUGGACAAGGGUAUAAUAUUAAUCAAAACCUGGAGCCUGAAGACUCUGGAGCUUUUGGAGUAACUUUGGGGACUAAAUUACCUUCUGCUCCUGCUUCUGGAAUCGCCGAUUCAUCUAUUGGAAACGAACCCAGCUCAUCGUUGGCUGAGUUCAACAGCCUCCCAGAUGAGCUUGUUCAGUUAAGAAUAUCUGAGGCUGAAAAUCCACAACUACCACAUUUACAGGGUCAAAGCUUUCACGGUUUUGAUGGACGAGACGAAGAAAUUUUGUUUCCAGGAAGACCAAUGAACACUGGCUAUCCUACUGCAAAAUCUUCUGUUAACCCUCACGAUUCUUUGGCAAGUUCGGGUAGCCACAUUCCUCCUGUGCCUGAAUUUACAGAACCUGGCUUGCGAAAUCAAACUGAAACUAAGUUGCAUCCUUUUGGCUUGCUGUGGUCUGAGCUCGAAGGUGCUCAAACUAACUAUGCACAGUCAUCUGGCAUGUCUUCUAGCAUGGGCAGGACUGCUUCUUUUGGUGGUGUGACUGAUCCAGCUCUUGCUGCUGACUCUUGGUCUGAUGUUUAUGGGAAAAAACAACUUUCUGAUCCCAACCCGUAUCAAGAUAUGAUGACUGCUCACAAUUUGUCACGCAUGGAACACGAACCCAGCCAUCUUGAUUUAGCUGACCAGCUGAUGUCACAACAGUUGCAGCAACAGAAACUCCAACAGAGAAAUGUAUUAUCUAAUUUUGCACAGUUAAAUGACUCUGUUUUAGAGCAUUUGCCAAAUCAAAGUCUUAUUCAUCCCCAGCAAUUGGCGAACCUUUCUGCACCAGAACUCGAUCAUAUUAUGAAGACGUUUCAGCUGCAACAGCAUCAGCAUCAGCAUCGACAGCUUCAGCUUCAGCAGCAGCAGCAGCAGCAGCAUCAAAUGCAGCAACAACAAUUUCAUCACAAGCAAAAGCUUUUGCAGGAACAACAGCAAUCUCAUGCACGCCAAUUGAUUCUUGAACAGUUGUUGCAUAGUCAAAUGCAUGAAGCUGGUUUUGGACAGCCACAUCUUGAUCCUGUGAGAGCCAAUAAUGUUCUGGAUCAAGUAUUUUUAGAGCAGCACCUUUUAAAUCAACUGCAACAGCAGUCUCAUCACACUCCUAGGCAUGUAGAUCCAUCUUUAGAGCAACUCCUUCAAGCAAAGUUUGGUCAGACCUCACAACAAGAACAUCAAAGAUAUUUAUAUGAUGCACUAUCCCGUGCACAGCAUGAACAACGACAAUCUUUAGAGCAACAGAUGCUUCAGCAGGAGCUGCUGCAAGCAAGGCAGAUGUCGAUGGGGUUGAGGCAGCGAACAAGUAUGGAAGAAGAGAUGCAUGUCAAUUCAGUUUGGCCAUCUGAUGAAUCUAAUCAGUUCUUCAGGGCCCAUGCUGGUAGUCACCGAGCUCACUCUUCUGGAUUUAGUCCUUUAGAUGCUUAUCAGCGGCAACAAAGGUCAACUCAUGAAGAGCAGGUGAGCCAUCUUGAGAGGAAUCUUUCUGUUCAGGAACGACUUCAGCAAGGGAUUUUUGAGCCUGGCUCGCUGUCAUUUGAGCGGUCAAUGUCUUAUCCUCAGGGAGCUUCAGGGAUGAAUUUGGAUGUUGUAAAUGCCAUGGCUCAUGCUCAUGGUUUGGAUAUGCAUGAGUCAAGUGCACGAAUGAAAUCUUCCAAUCAAGUGGGACCAUUUCCUUCUGGAGUUCAUGGUGUUGGUCCUCAGCACCCGUUAGUUGCUAAUCAAUUUCAGGUUCCACAUAUGGAUGGAAUUGAGAACCGUUGGUCUGAGAAAAAUGAGCAGCUUGAAAAUGACUUUGUUGAUUCUCGGUUUCAACAGUUGUAUAUCACUGAGCGACAGAAAAUGGAGUCUGAAGCAAAAAUGACUUCUGACGAUUCUACUUUAUGGAUGUCAAAUGAUGAGAAGUCAAAGAGAUUAUUGAUGGAGUUGCUCAAUCAGAAAUCAGGCAAUUAUAUUUCUGAAUCAUCGGAUGUGGGUAAUGAAACCUCUUUUGAGAAAAAGGUAUUAGGCAAUCAGUAUGCUAGGUCAAACUCAUCAGAACUAUCUCUCACUUCGCCUCCAGAUGGAGAAGCUAAAUUAAAUAAUUCAUUUGGGGUGGGCAUUUAUGGUUCAAGUCGAUGUGAACCAGCACAAGAAGAGAGCACUGAUUCUGGAGUAUCCUCUCUGCACAAACAGCAGCUUGAGUUGCGAGGGUUGAAAAGUGAGGGUAUGAUGAAAGGUCGGGAAUUCGAGACCCCACAAAGCAUGGUGGAGCAAGCAGGCUUUGAAGCUCUAGAUCACGAGAGAUCAAUGGAUGUCUUGAGCAGGCAUUCCUCCCUUGGGGUUACAGGUGGAAGUGGCGGCAUUUAUGAUAACAAGUUUGGACCUUAUAAUUCAUUUUUGGACGAUGUUGCAAAAGAUAAGGCAUUCUCGAUCAAAGGGCAAGAAAGUAUUCUGCUGAGACGUCCUCCUUCGUCACGUACGCCCUCGUCACAGGAUGGUUUGUCUGAGCUAGCACCUGAUCCAGUUUCUAGGGGAAAAAUUUCUUUGAGUGGCUUGCCUGAUGGGGUUUGUCAAGAUACAACGAGUAAUUCAAUAAACCAAGUUUCAGACUUACCAGCCUCUUCCAAGAGGGACAUGCGCUUCCGCCGAUCUUCAUCUGGCAGUGAUGCAGAUGUCUCAGAAGCAUCCUUCAUGGACAUGCUAAAGAGUACUGCAAAGAAGGCAGCUCCGCCAGAUGUCCAUUCUACAUCUGAAUCAUCAGAUGGAACGCAAGGGCGAAGUGGGAAAAGGAAGGGAAAGAAAGGGAGGCAAAUCGACCCUGCUCUCCUCGGCUUCAAAGUCACCAGCAACCGUAUAAUGAUGGGUGAAAUACAACGAGCAGAUGAUUAGAAGUUUGAUAACAACCACCAUUUUUGUGUUUUUUCUUUGUAUUAUUAUCUUUUACAUUAUAGGUUUAUAGGUUUUCAGUGUAAAGUAUUUUCUCAUGGAAAUUCUUUAUUUUUUUUUCUUUCCCCCUCCGCCAUCUUAGUGAUAUGGUGGAAAUUGGAGGGGUUGUACGGCGAAAUUGCCUGUCCAUAAUGAUAGUCGAUAGAGUUAGUUGUACACAA